UUGUUGACAGGUGUCUUCAUGUGGCCUUAACAUGUCAAUAAGCGCCCACAAGCUCACAUGAUCGGACCUAUCGUGCGUGUGCUUUUGUUCCUUGUAUAUUAACAAACACAACCUUCUACCUUUCCAGCUGGACUGCAAAUUCCUGUGGUAUCUUUGCCACUCGACAGUAUUAGUAUGUUCCAUCACUUGUGCACGCGUUCAUGUACACCCAAGAGUCCCGGUAAAGAACGACUGCAGGUAUCUACGAUACCCGGUUUCGUUCAUACUGCAGCGUAUGCGAUAUACCUUUUUCUUUUCGACACAGAGACUAGCUCUCCGCCUAGCAUCCUGAGACGACAAUGGGAAGAACUACCCACUUCGACAACCGACACCUUCCGCUUGGUUGCGAAGGCCAUUUUUGAUACCGGUGAUUCACAAAAUCUCGGUUUUCGGUCCGAACAGAUACGCGCAGCGAUAUGUCAUCUUUUCAGUGACCGGGCGGAGACCUUGCUGUCCAAGUCCUUGAAACGGGAGGAAAGAUUAGCACGCUUUGUCGAGUUGGGCAGUCAACUUGCAAUUGGUUUGUUCGAUUGGCCUCUUGCCUUUUCGAUGGAUUAACUGCUUGAUGCAGAUUUACCGAAAGGCAUGCGUGGCUCUUCGUUGGUGACUCGGACUGUGAAACGCGGCAGGCCCAAGAAGAUACCGUCGGACACGAUAAGCCAAUCAAACACUCAUCAGAUGCGCAAACGAGCCAGAGAUGAGUCGCCGGACCCCUGCAUCCCUUGGGUAGCCUCGCGGAGGAACAGUAUCGUUGAUGCGCAAGCUGCGGAUUCAAAAAUGA